GUUCUACUGACUUUUCUGACUGUCGGCCCCCUCAGAUCUAGUGGGGAGCAACCCGACUUAAGUUGUCAUGAAAAAGGAAGACAGGAGGAGGUGAAGAUCUCACCUGGGGAUGUGCAGGGCUGGCCAGCUCCAGGUACAAGGGAUUGCCUGCAGAUUGCUUCUCUGAGUCCCUCCUCUCAGAAUCAGGAGAGUCUAAGCUGAAGAAGAGUCUUCCUCCUUCAAUAGUAACAUGCCAGCAGUCCUCCCAGCCAAUGAUUCUUUUGCAGCAGGCAGGACUUCCUCCUCAUCCUCGUCCUGAGAAGCCUUCAUCUCCUCCUAUGUCAGUGGCCACAAGGCCAAGAGCCAACUCACCACUGUCCCCACAGAAACCGUUUGGACUGGGGCCUUCCUUGCAGCACUCACAAGAAGAGGAGCUUGCAAAGGAUCCCGUGCUGGAGGAACUAUGUAAGCCUCUGUGUUGUAAACUUUGCAAUGUCACUCUGAAUUCAGCACAGCAAGCCCAGGCGCAUUACCAGGGUAAAAACCAUAGUAAGAAACUUCGGAAUUACUAUGCUGCAAAUAGUUGCCCAGCUCCUGCCAGAAUGAGCAAUUCAGUGGAGCCUGCCGUGCCUCAGAUUGUCUCCCAUCCAGCUCAGAUGGGCGCCUCUAAACCAGGAGGCCGAGUGAUCAUGGCCACAGAGAAUGAUUACUGCAAGCUUUGUGAUGCCUCAUUUAGUUCCCCGGCUGUGGCCCAGGCUCACUACCAAGGAAAGAAUCAUGCCAAGAGGCUACGCCUGGCAGAAGCACAGAACAACUCGUUCUCGGAUACAUCAGAACUGGGCAAACGGAGGGCACGGAAAGAAGGGAACGACUAUAAGAUGAUGCAGAAUAGAAGAAAUGUGUAUGCGGUUCAGAACAGUACAGGUCCCUACUUCAAUCCACGCUCCCGCCAGCGAAUUCCUCGUGAUCUCGCCAUGUGUGUCACCCCAAGUGGCCAGUACUACUGUUCCAUGUGCAAUGCCGGGGCUAGCGAAGAGAUGGAGUUCCGACAACAUUUAGAAAGCAAACAGCACAAAAGCAAGGUGUCUGAACAGCGGUAUAGGAAUGAGAUGGAGAAUCUUGGCUAUGUACAAUGACACGCUAUCCCUUGGUAGUAGUUUGCAGAUAGAGCAGCUUGUCUCGCCUGCUGUUUGCCACAUGCCCUGCUUUGUGCUCCAUUUGAUAGGAGUAUGCUCUCUAGCUAUACAUGUAACACCUGCAAACUUAAUGGUAUGGUUAGGGUAUUUUUAUAUCGCUGUUGGCAGGAAUAUGCGCUGCAGGAUGUGAAGUGGUUUUAAUGUUUGUUUGCUUGUUAUCUAAAGCUCUUCAUUGCAUUUUGGGGGAGCCCUGUCCUCCCCCAUGCCCUAUUGCAUGAAUGUGCAAGGCCCAAGAAGCACUGGGACCACCACGGUUCUGCCACGCAGGCAGGGUAUGUAGAGACGCAACACCCCUUUUGGCGUGUCCUGGAGCUGUGCUCCACAGCAUCACUCCACAGCAGGGGGACUUUAUGGGCAGGCUAGAGAAGAGGAGGGAACAGAGCCAGCGGAUGUGUGAAUGGCAUUGCUGGCCACACAUCCCUGCUAGCAGAAGCAUCAGAAGCUAUAGCCUCAAAUACAACUUACAGCAGGUGCCUCCUGCAUUCCUGUCGGUAUGGCACAGAGGCUGUGCACAUACCCUAAGGAGGAUCCUAUCUCCCUCACUCUCACAUAGGCCACCCCACAAUGUUUGGACUUCAAGUGGCUGGUCAGGAUUUCAACCUAACAGCUGCAUUAGGAGGAGAGCUGAUCUGCCACAUCAGCAGAUAUUCUCUUCCGUCAAGGAGGAUAGAUUCUGGUCCGUUCUUGGCAAUGGAUUUUUACCACACUGGAGCCAAUAGGCAUCUCUAUGCAGUGUGGGUGAAAUUCACCUAUGGGAGCAGGGCCUGUGCAGGGCCCAGAGAGCAACAGAAGCUAGUAUAAUCUGAUGGAGGCUCUGUACUGAGCCUUGGCCCUCUAUAGGACAGCAUGGAUGGUGCAAUGAGUGUGGGCUGGGGAGGAAUCGUGGGUCCAAACACCCUAUCAAAUUGGUGCUGAUGGGGGUCAGGUGCUGUUCUCCAGCCCGUAGUAACUGUAGAGGGGGUGGAUCUGUGAUGUAGUAAAAUUCCCUGGAAAUUGGAGAUUAUUGGAUUUCAACUGCCUCAACCUCCACUCCAUUCAGCUGCACUAAGCCUGACAGGUGUUAUAUGUGCAAAGUGAAAUUCACCCUCGGAGAAGAGCUGCUCGUGUUGGGCAUAUUUCCUCUCUUCCCUUUACUCUAAGUCUCAGACUGGGCUUUCCUUUAUCUUGCUUCCCACUGAACAUCAGCGUUUUAGUCUUUUGUUUUAGGGACGGGAUAAUGAGCGUGACUGUCAUGUUCUCCCACGUAUUAUCUCCAGGCUAGGCUGCUGUGCUGCCCCUUAUUAGGGUGACCAGACAGCAAGUGUGAAAAAUCGGGACAGGGGGUGGGGGGUAAUAGGAUCCUAUUUCAGAAAAAGCCCCAAAUAUCGGGACUGUCCCUAUAAAAUCGGGACAUCUGGUCACCCUAUCCGUCAUGCAAUCUCCGGGCUGGGCUGCUGUGUUCUCCCCUGUGUGGUAUUCAGGCUGAGCUACCAUGCUGGUCCCCUACUGAUCUCUGAGCAGGGCUGCUGUGCUCUCCUCUGAUCAUUCACGCCGUUGUGGUGAAUUUAAUGAUCCUGAUCUUUUUUUUUAAGUAGGAUCAGAACCAGGCGGGUGCUGUGGAUAUCUCCCUUCCAGGCCAGCUUUACUGUUCUGGUUUUAUGCUAGUGUAGCUCCUUUGUUUCUCGGGUGGGAGCGUACUAGAGGUGAAAAGGUGCUUUGUAGCUUGUGCCCUCCUCCUGGAGACAGCGAGUCAACGUCUGCCUCGGUGUAAUCCCAUUGACUUCAGUGGGGCCGCACCGGGGAUGAAUUUGGCCCAGUGCAUAUCAUGUUGCAGACAGCUCUGUUUUUCCCCAUCCUUCACUGGUCCCUGCUCCCUAGUUUCCUGCAUUCCACCAGCCCUUUUCAGCCUUAAAAUACAGAGUUUCUGUUCAUCUUCUCAGGCCACCACAGAAAGGCUUGUAUCACUUGUGCGCUCUAAAGUAAAAGCUGUUCUUCAGACUUUGAGUAAUCUGUAUCAUUGGCCACCUCCAGCGAGCACUGCACAACUGCCCUGUCUUUUAUAUAGCACUCCUAUACUCCAUGAGGUUAAACUGUGAUGGAGGUCACAGCAAUCGUCACAUGCUCCCUGCUGAUCCAUGUUUAUAUGCAUGGUAACAGACUUCAGUGUCUGUAACCUGAGUAAAUAGGCUUUGCACAGAGGAACUCCAUUGGGUGGAAUGGGUGGGAGAACAGAAUCCCGGGUUGCAGAGCACAAGCACAAGCACCUUCCCCUGUGCUCUCCCUGGCUGGCCCCCUGGCCAUGCCCACUGGCCUGCCCCAUUCCCAACCUUCCUGUGCUGCCGUAGAGAGUGCAGUCCUUGGGUAUGACCUGCUCCCCAUUCCAGACAGUGGAACUGUGGCCUUUCCUCUAUUUUCCUGGCUGUACACCCCCGUGUAAGGACGGAGGAUGGUGAACGAUAGUUGUCCUGUGGUGUCUCCCCACAACGAUAGCUGCAUCGUGUUUAAAUGUCCAUUUGCCAUAAACCACGGCAUGGUGUUUCCAUUGUUUCAUGCAACACUGAAUAAAAUGAGAGCUGGGGAAAGCCCUGUUAUAUCUAGUGUCUAGCUCGGUGUCUAGCCAAGGAGGCAUUUUCCCUCACAAAACAGUGUCUAGCUGAAAUGCCCCAGCAAUGGGGCUCCCACCGUUUUCCUUGAGAGGCUGCCCAACAGGCAGGUAGACUUCCCCCAGUUUGAACAUCAGGGAUGAGGGUUGUCACCUCCAGAAUUCCAUCUCUCCUCUGCCCUUGUGUGAAGCAGGGAGUGGGACUCCACAGCAACGGUUGACAAGUCUCCCAGGCAGGAGAAAAGGCAUCCAUGGCUAGAAGGAUGUGGGACAUGCUGGGAUUUGCUCUGUCCAGAAGUUCUGAUGUGAGCACAAGGGAACCAAAGACUGCCCGUCCCGUCACAGCACCCACAGUGGUUUCUCCUCGACCUAGAAAAUGGCUAAUCAUGAAGGUGUGAAAAGAAACUGCCUUAGACCUCAUUAGUGUUCCUGCGAUAGCAGGGGCCUGGACUCAGUGACCCAGGAGGGCCCUUCCAGACCUAUGCCCGUAUGUUUUAAGGGUUAAAGCCAACCCAAGGGCCCUUCGGCAAGAGGAGAAGGUCAGAACUUGACUAUAUGCAUAUUAAAGUAAUUCUGUACAUAAGGAUUCAGAAUGCUUCGGGAAAACAUAUCCUGCUAUUGUUACAUUCAGAAAUGGGGGGUGGAGUGGGAGCAUGGCACGGGGCAGAGAGGCACCAUACCCAGUAAGAAUACAGGUGUGGCACCUUUUUAGAGACACCCCUCCCCCCGAAUAGUUUAUUUUUUGACUGGAAAAAUAAAAUGGACUUUUGUGAAGCUAUCACAUUGGCCAGUAGAUUAAUGACCUUUGCUGCUAAAAAAAAAAAAAUCAUUGCAUUCAUAUUUAUUUUAUUAUGCUGACCACUGACAGUCUUGUGAAUAUUUAUGGCUUUAUCCUAUGGGUAGUUUUUGUUUAAACAGAAAAAUCUUCAGCGCACUUUGAUUUCGAAUCAGACUAGAUAUUUAUUAUUUGUGAAAAUGUGGCUCUUCCUCCUCUCCCCACGUAUAUGUAUUUUUUUCUUCUCAUAAAAUAAAAAUUGUUCUUUUAUGUUUUCAUGGCAAACAAAUUCAGGGUUUGCCUCCAGAUUUUUUCUUAGGUCACAAUUGCAACCUUUGUCUAAAUGGUGGACUCUGUAAAUUUAGCACAUGUUAAUGUUAACUUUAAAUACAUAUGCAUUUCAUUCCAGCUGUAGCUUUUAUUUUAAGGCAAUGAGACCAAUACAUGGGAUCCAUAUAAUUUAUGUGGAGUACGAAAGAGGUACUGUUUUGUUUGUAUUAAGCAUUAGAUGUCAUUACACAUUAACAAAUAAAUGUGUUAUAUCAUUAACUAACAUGGGGCUCAGUUCUGCUUAUAGUUAUUCUGGUGCAAAUCUGAAGAAACCCUUCUAACUUCAGUGGAGUUACUCUGGAUUUACACCAGUGUUACCAAGAGCAAAAUUUAGUCCAGGAGAUUUUUUUUCCCCUUACUACAUGAACGUUAUAGGGAGAAUCUAUCUGUAAGCAUUGAUUCAUAUUUUGGCUUACUAACAUGCUGUUAAUAACAUGAGCAAAAUCCUGUCGUCACAUUACUCAGGCAAGACUCCCAUUGACUGCAGGGGGGUUAUUGCCUCAGUACGAAGUGAAUGACAUGGCUGCACUGUAUACUUACGUUGGCCAGGCCAAAACAAAGCAGGGUGCUAAAUGUUCUCUCAAUCGUAGAUUUUGUUACAACAAUCUAGGCUGGCUUAGGCUUUUUAAAGAAUUAUUUCUCUUGCUCUGUAAGGGCAUGAACUUGCUCCCACUGAAAUUGGCGGUGAAGCUCCCAUUGAUUUCAGUGGAACAGGGUCAAGCCCUAAACCACUCCAGGAACUCUGUAGUGCUGAUGCCUUGUCAUGUACAUGUUUUUAUGUCUGUAUCUACAAGGAUUCUCUGGAUGAGGAAGAAACCUUUUGCCCCUUAAGAAGAACAGAUUUCAAGAUGGAUCCAAAAGGAACUAUUUUUACAACUGGCAAAGUCCAUGUGUUCCCAGGAAUAAAUUAGCAUGUGGGAUUGAACAACCGUGGACCUGAUCCUGAUUUCAUUUAAAUCAUGGUGAACCUCCCAUUGACUUCACUGGAGCAGGAUCAGUUGCCACCUGCAUCAAAUUGGAAGUAAAAAUAAAAUCUGCUUUUAAAUAAAUUGUUAGACAAUAGCUGGAAUCCUUUUCCCAGUGAUGAGAAAAGGCCAGUGGAGUUAUAUAAAAAAUGAGUAAGGCAUCUGCACUGAAAGGGAGGAUUAUGGAUGUUUCUGAAACAAAACACAAAAUAGUGAAUGUGGAUACAGAAUUGGUUCAGUUCACUUUGGAAGGAACUGAUUUAAUUUCUAUCCUGCAUCUGUAUAGUAGCAUCAUUUGCAAAUGCUUUGAAUGUACGUCAUCUAGAGCCUUCUUGUCGGGUUCGUUUUGUACACUUAUCCCUCUUUUUAUUGCAUUGAACUCUGUAGGGGAAUAAUUGAGUUGAUGAAAAUGAACCUUUUCUCCACUCUACAAUAAAUCGUCUUGCU